CCAAGUUCUUGUCAUGAAAGGGAAGAAGAGUGCAUGUUGUUACCAGCAACUUGAGAUGCCAGAUUUCCACAGAAGUUUUUUGAGCCCUUCUGCAUCUGAUUUCCAGCAGAUAUUCACAACCAAUAACUCAUUGCUCUCAAACCACACAAAUCAACAAGAUGAUGACAGCUUCAGAAGUGCUCAAUCAACUCCAAGUGCUUCACUAAAGCAAAACAACAACAUACAGAUGGACUCAAAGCCACCAAGAACAACAUGGCUGGCCACCCUGUUCGGGUCUCGGAACGAGACAAAGAAGGAGGGAAAACGGCUCCAGACUGCCCAACUCCACGCGGCCCUCUCCCUGACGCAGCUAGCUGCAGCCAUACACGGGAUCAUCACGGCCACGGGCAGCAGCAGCAACGGAGAAAACUCCCCGUUCCAACCAGGCACACCGUGCCAGGACAUGGGCAACGUGGUGUCCUCUGCUGCAGCGCUCAUCACCAACGUGUGCGCGGAGGCAGCAGAGUCCCUCGGGGCCGACAGGGCCCGCAUCCAGGGCGCUGUCGACUCCGGGGUGGCCAUACGGACCCCUAUCGACAUGAUUGCCAUCACAGCCACAACAGCAACAUGUUUGAGAGGAGCUUCGCUUUUGAGAUCGAGGGCUGCGGCGGUGCCACUGUCGAGAGUUCAAGAGAUGCUAAAGAUAAGUGCUGAGAUACGCACAAUCAUGCCUUCUGGCCGGAAAGAGAGCACGCGGGUGAGCGUCUACUUAAAGCAUCAAAACCUCAUGUUUUGCUUCAAGAAGAAGUAUCUAAGAGGAGCACUCACAUCAACCAAAGAGUAUCAAGUCACAAAUAUCACUGAGGAGAGAAGAGAGACACAAGGGAAUUGCUUGCUAUGUUUGAAGACCAAAAAUGGGAUUAUAAAGCUACUAUUUGAAGAUGAAAUGCAAUCUAAAAUUUGGAUAUCAACUAUUCUCAAUCUCUUGGAGAUGCAGAACCUUCAUAAAUAUUGAUUUUUUUUGGUAAUGUCACGUUUAUUUUUGUAUGUUGUGAUUAAACCAGAGAAGGUGAAUUAUCGUUCCCAAAUAGAAAGACAAAAAUUGUUGUAA